GUCCUGUCCCGGCAGGCCUUGCGCGGCGGCGGCGGUGUCGGUAAGAUGGCGGCCGUGAGUCUGAGGCUCGGAGACCUGGUGUGGUUAGGAUGUUCUCCUUGAAGCUCACAGAAGCUCCUUCCCUUUGUCACUCCAGUUUUACCUUCCAGUAGUCGAAGAGCUGUGGUUUUGUAUUUCCCGAUCGGGAGAACUGAGGGGAUUCCUUCGAGGCCUGUAAGCACUGAUCUCCAAGUGCUUGGAGAGGCUCUCUUGAGGCUCUGCUUCACCGGACAGGGGGAAGCUGGGUCGGUACCCACCAUGGCCAGGAAAGAUUGUUAAUCCACCUAAAGAUCUGAAGAAACCUCGUGGAAAAAAGUGCUUCUUCGUGAAGUUUUUUGGAACAGAAGAUCAUGCUUGGAUCAAAGUGGAACAGCUGAAGCCUUAUCACCUGCACAAAGAGGAAAUGAUAAAGAUUAACAAGGGUAAGCGCUUCCAGCAAGCCGUGGAUGCCGUGGAGGAGUUUCUUAGAAAAACCAAAGGCAAGGACCAGGCAUCUUCCCAUAACUCCAGUGAAGAGAAGAAUCGGCGUAAUUCCAGUGAAGAAAGAGGCAAGCAAUCUGCUGGUGAAGAGAAACGCAAAGCCAGUUUGUCUGAAGGGAAGUUGAAGAAGGGCACAGGGGAAGGAAAAAAGAGGGUCUCUUCUGUAUCGUCAGAGAGAGGAUCAAAGUCACCUUUGAAAAGAACCCAGGAUCAGAGCCCCCGAAAGCGGGGGCGUCCACCCAAGGAUGAGAAGGACCUCACAAUUCCAGAGUCAAGUACAGUGAAAAGAGUGAUGACUGGAACAGUGGCUGGAUUUAAAUGGCCACCAAGCGUCAGUGAGCCUGUGAAGGACAGUGAUCCACACUUCCAUCACUUCCUGCUGAGCCAGACGGAGAAGCCAGCUGUCUGCUAUCAAGCCAUCACAAAGAAGCUGAAGGUUUGUGAAGAGGAAACAGGAUCCACCUCCAUCCAGGCAGCAGACAGCACGGCAGUCAAUGGCAGUAUCACACCCACAGACAAAAAGAUAGGAUUUCUGGGACUUGGUCUGAUGGGAAGUGGCAUUGUCUCCAACUUACUGAAGAUGGGUCACACUGUCACUGUCUGGAACCGGACUGCUGAGAAGUGUGAUUUGUUCAUCCAGGAAGGGGCACGGCUGGGAAGAACCCCUGCUGAAGUUGUCUCCACCUGUGACAUCACCUUUGCCUGUGUAUCAGAUCCAAAAGCAGCAAAGGAUCUGGUGCUUGGUCCGAGUGGAGUGUUGCAGGGGAUUCGACCAGGGAAGUGUUAUGUGGAUAUGUCCACUGUGGAUGCAGAUACAGUCACAGAAUUGGCCCAGGUGAUAGUGUCCCGGGGUGGUCGCUUUUUGGAAGCACCAGUCUCAGGAAAUCAGCAGCUAUCAAAUGAUGGGAUGCUUGUGAUCUUGGCAGCUGGUGACAGGGGUUUAUAUGAGGACUGCAGUAGCUGUUUCCAAGCGAUGGGGAAGACCUCUUUUUUUCUAGGUGAAGUAGGCAAUGCUGCCAAGAUGAUGCUGAUCGUGAACAUGGUCCAAGGCAGCUUCAUGGCUACAAUAGCAGAAGGACUGACUUUGGCUCAAGUGACUGGUCAGUCCCAACAGACCCUUCUGGAUAUCCUCAAUCAGGGACAACUUGCCAGCAUCUUCCUGGACCAGAAGUGCCAAAAUAUCUUGCAAGGAAACUUUAAACCUGAUUUUUACCUGAAAUACAUACAGAAGGAUCUUAGAUUAGCUAUUGCACUGGGUGAUUCUGUCAACCAUCCAACUCCUAUGGCAGCUGCUGCCAAUGAGGUCUAUAAACGAGCAAAAGCGUUGGACCAAUCAGACAACGACAUGUCUGCAGUGUACAGGGCCUACAUCCACUAGGCUGCACCAUUCUUACUGUUAAUACUAUGAUUAUUGAUUAAUAUUAUUAUGAUACUGGGUUUUAACUCUGGACCAGUCCAUCUCUGUCUCUCCAUUUCCUUUUAUACACAGACUUUGAGAUCUGCCAUGGAGGCAGCUGCUGCGGUCAGCCUUCCCCUGGUGGCAGAAGGGGGGGAGGAGGGGGCUCGGAUUGUUGCAGUCUAAUUAGAAAAUCCAUGCCAUGCACUGACAGUCAUGGAACAGAACAGUGGCGGCUUGUUCAGAAGCUCUGAGGCAACUCUGCCAGAAAUCUGCUGCUUGGCUGCUUUUAUUUUCUUCUUUGUAUGCUUGUCCAAGAUGCUGUUUCUAACGAUCCCCUUUCUCCUUUGCUGUGAAAUAAUGCGUGUGUUGGACUUUUUGCAUCAAGGGGAACAGGUGACUACAUCCCAUCUACCUGUGAAUAUCUGUAAAGUCCUUGGUCCCAAGUAAGGUGAGGAGCAUUCCUGUUUGUCACCCAUGUUUGAGAACAAAGCACCUCCCGUGGAGGAGAAUGACAGUUCCAGAAGGUAAUGGGGUUGCAUGCAACACUGUCUUGAUUCUGUUUCUUUUUAAACUUCCACCUCCCCAGCACCUUGAUGGAGAAAUUCCUCAUAUUGUUGAGAACAGAUUGCAUCCAAGUCUUCCCCUGUACAGACAACUCUAGCAUAGGGAACACAAACCUUACUGAAAAUGAGAGUAUAUCAGUGUAACUAAGUGUGGCCUCCUAAAAGGCUAAUGGCAGCUGCCCACCCCACAAACAGCAUGGGAGCUUCACACAGACUUGCAUAAAAAGCUGCAAGAGAAACAUUUAGCUUAAAAUUUAGCCAGAGGUGUUUAAUUUGGUGAAGGAACAAACUUUAGGGGGUUGCUCCUGGCCUUAGUUUGUGUUGCUUUACUAUUUGCUUUCUUUUUUUUACCCUAAGAGUCAAUAGUUACAAAGGUGUCUUGGAUUGUAGCAGUGUCACAAGCAGAGUGAUGAGUCUGAAAGGUGUGAGAGGAAUGAUCGUGGUGCCAAGAGAUGGAGGCUCCUGAUCUCCUUCCCGUGCUAUCUCUGGCCUUUUCAUGGUCAUUUUAUCUGUUAACUUGAUUGCCCAUCUUCAAAGGUGGGUGAUAAUUACCUACCUCACAGGGAUAUUUUGUGUAAUGAUUAGUGAUCUUUAUACAUGUCAAAUUUUCCAUAAGUAUUCUUAGUGUUACUUCUCUGAGAACAACACUAGCACAGCAUGAGAAUAUUCCCUGUACUUGUGACUCUGCUUGUGGCCGGGUACCAACUUCUAGGAAGACUGGUGGGUGUAAUGGGAGGCUAAUACUGCUGCUGAGCUGUAGUCUAAACAUGUGAGACUUGAACUGCAGAGGCCAAAGCUGAGGAGCAGAGAUGAUCUCUGUUGGUAGCAGAGCAACCCAGAGUCCAAAGGAUGCCUGUUUGUAAAAAAUGCACAGAGCAUGUUUGUUUAUUUUUAACCUCUCAGUGUUAGCCUUUUAGGAGGAUUCUUCCAUUUUAGAUUUGAGAGUUAGUAAAAUGCCAGUAAGAAAUGUUAUUAGUCAAAGUCGCUGCUCAGUGGCACAAUCUCCUUCCUUCGUUUGGGAUUCUGAAAGGAAAGAAAGCAAAUUAAAAUUAGACCAUGCUGCUCUAAAUCCUUGAGGUCUGCCCCUCUCACCAUCUUAUUUUUCUAGGAACUUAAUGGCUAUUUAUGGAAACUUUCCUGUGGCUUAGGAUUUCUUACCGAUCCUGCUAUCUGCAGCAAGUGUAUAUGGUUCAGGGGCACCUUGUUAAGAAACAGAGGAAGCUACCAGGUUCUUUGUUGUGAGACAUGACAUCUAACAUCUAAUGCUGUAAAUGUUACUUGGGUGAAUAUUUCUCCUGCUGCAGUCACUGUUAUUUGUAGGCUAAUACUGUGUUACGCAUUGUCCUGUGGCAGACAUCUAGUAAUAGAUCUGUUGGCAUUUCUUUGCCCAUUUGUCAGUGAUAUCUCUGAGCAGUAUUAGUUAUGCACACGUGUUUCUUUGACAAUACAACUGUCAUCCUGCAUGUAGAUAUUCAUAUUAAAGGCACAUAUAAGUACCCAGGAAAACUGCCCAUCGGCCUGCUUCUGACCUUUACACAUUUCCCAUCUCACAGAGCUGUUAGCAUCAGCAGACCUUGAUUAAACACAGUGCAGUUAGGAAAUCACAUAUUCAGGGCAUCUGCGGAUAGUUGUGUUUUGGGGGCAGGGGAUAAGACCAUGAGUCUUGUAGCUUGAGGUGUGUUUGGGAAAUAAGGGAGUGGGAGGUGCUGUCCCAGACCCACUGAGCACAGAACUGUUCCAGGUCAGUGCAGCAGACUCUUGGAGUAGAUUGAAGAAUGGGUCUGAGCGGGUGUCAUCAAGGAGUGGUGUCGUCAUCUUUUUACUCCGCGGUGCCUCUGCAAACUGUGGGAAUGCAAGAGGAGCUCUCAAGUCUCACGACAUACGUUGCAAAGUGUAUUCAGAGAACCAUCCCUGUGAGAGGGAUCCCUCGGUGCUGCAGGUCUCAUUUCCCAGAACUGCUGCCUUCCUCAGAGCAGAGGUGGUUCUUCUGUGGGCGCUGCCAGCUGUUCCUGCAGCCUCUGGCUGGCUUUGUGGGGGGCCAGGAGUGGGGCACAGAGCUCGGGAGUGGAUGCAAAGCAAGGAGGAGGGGUUAAAUGGUGGAGAGUGGGCUGUGGCAGGUGCUGUGUGAGGCUGACGCGUUUCAGUCUUGCUCGGGUUCUUUUAUUUAUGUGUGUAGCCUCCGAAGGUGGAUCUUGCUCUGUUCCUAGGCCUGAGGUCCGGGGAGGGGAGAGCUGUGGAUUGAGAGAUGCUCUAAUAAAACUGGCUAGUCAGUGUUGUCUUUAAUAUUGUUGACAAUUCUGUAAAGUUCCUUUUUAUGAAGAUUUGUUUUAGCAAAUUGCGGUUUUUUUGACUCCCUCCUUUUUAAAGAGACAAUGUGACACUUGUGAGAAGCUUGUAAGAAAAGCAGUUUCUUUUCUCCUCAAUGAUAGAUCCUAUCGUUAAUUAAGGUUGUGAAUUUUUAUUUUUUGCCUUGUUUUUAAUUAACAUUUGUCAUUCAGAAUAGGAUGUGUGAAGAUGUUUAAAUGGCAAAUCAAAAAGAUUUUUUGUGCAAUUAACAAAGCUACUGGCAAAAAGAAUAAAACCUUUCUUGGUAACACGA